UGUACGUACAUCCGAAUACACAGCUGCGGUUUUCAAUAACUAGGUUUUUUCCCAAUUUUCCCUUGACUGAUCCUUGACGUAACUUCCAAAUGGCUUUGUCGGGAAGUUCCAAUGUAGAAAAUCUGUCACCCCAUGUCAUCAGACAGGUCACGAAAGAGGUGGGUGACCUUUGCUCUGACCCUCCAGAAGGUAUAAAGCUCCUCCCUAGUGAAGAAGACAUCACAGAUAUCCAGGCCUCUAUAGAAGGACCAUCUGGAACUCCCUAUGCAGGCGGUAUCUUCAGAAUAAAACUAGUAUUAGGAAAGGACUUUCCAAGAACACCACCAAAGGGCUAUUUUCUGACCAAGGUGUUCCACCCUAAUGUAGCUAGUAAUGGAGAGAUUUGCGUUAACACAUUGAAACGAGAUUGGAAAGCUGAUAUGGGCAUCAAGCAUCUACUUCUUACAAUCAAGUGCUUACUCAUAUAUCCCAAUCCGGAAUCAGCGUUGAACGAGGAAGCUGGGAGACUACUAUUAGAACAAUAUGAUGAUUAUUUCAUGAGGGCCAAAAUGAUGACGGAUAUCCAUGCAAAGUCUGGCCGAGGAGUUAAAGAAUCUAGAGAAAUUGAUGAGAAUUGUCCCUCGACAUCGGGAUCCAAUACCAAUGGUCCUCAUGCCAAGAAACAUGCUGGAGAUAAGAAAGUCUUGGACAAAAAGAGGAGAGACAAAAAGAGAACUCUGAAGAGAUUAUGAAAGCUGUUGAAGGUUGUUUUUUUUUGCUAGUAUAACUAUAUAUUUUGUCUUUUUAAAAGUUUUUUUGGGGGGUUACUGUCAUUCUUUGUUUUAGGGUUGUUUGUUUUGUAGGGGAGGUGUUCUGUGCUGGUUGUUGUUGUUGCAAAAAGACACUAAAGUCAGCUUUCAACAGUAAUUAUGUCCUGGAAUUUCUUGUUCAUUCAUACUAGUUUUGCGGUUGGAAUGAUCAAAUCUACAUUGCUACACAAUAGCUUGAAAUGGAUUAACUACCUGACUAUGUACCCCAGUGGAGCAAGUGUCGAGGAAGUAUGCGAAAAACUAUUCUGUACUUUCCUCUUUUCAUCUUUGAAUUAGGUAGAAAACACUGGCAAGCUUGUACUGGUUCAGCAAGGAUUCAUCUUAAGUUAAGUUAGUCAAUCACAUCAAUCUCAAUCAAUGGGUGCGUGCGAUUAGCUUCCCCGGGUCGACCCCAGUCUGCCCCCGGUGCGUUCGAAUAGCUUUGACGUCAUUCCAGGGGCUCAUCCGGGUUAGCCCCUAGUGCCCUACUUGUGGAAUGGGUGGCUUGGGGUUGGCCCAAGGUGCAUGAUGUCAUGACGAGAGGGGGAGUUAUCGUUCGAUUAGCUCUUGUCAGAGGCUCACCGGAAUGAGCACCUCGGGGUCGACCCGGGGAAGCUUAUCGUCCGCACCCAUUAAAACAUAGAGAUCACUUAUCACUAUUGCUACUGACUGUAAUCACCCUUUGCAAUGACAUCACAUGCGGCUACUGUCUACUCAUGGUGUCCCAUUUUGAGAGUAUGCAUGUCCAGAUACAUGUAUGGUGUCAUGCACACGUCGUCUAAAAAACGCACCACACACAGGGAAACUGACUCCACAAAACGUCACAAGCUAGAUCUUAUUGAAGUAAUAGCUUCAGACGAAUUUGGUCAAUACUCAUCUUAAGAUGGAUCUGGGAUCUCGCUGUGAAAUCUGGCCUAGUUAUUGUCGGGGCACAAUUGAAUUUGGAUCCUCGAGCAAGACAUUUGACCAUAAUUGCUUCUCAUCAUCCAGGAGUAAAUAAUGGGUAACUGCAAGGGUAAACAUUGUCAUUGCAAAUGAGUAGCAGCCAGUGGAAAGCUAACUAAGAGGCAUACUUGGCCAGAAAAAAAGCGCAACAAAAAUAUUACUUUGUGGGGCUCAUGUUAAUUUAUGUGUUCUGGGGUGAAUUUCACAAAGAGUUAGGACUAGUCUAAUCUCGAGUUAGGACCAGUUACUCUUCCCAUGGAGCUA